AUGUCAUUGAUCAAAAUGUCAUCUGAUCUUCAAUGUCCACCCUUUCCAUUUGCGUCUGGUUCCAAGACAGAUAUGGAUACUAAUAAUAAUAAGAAUAAUAAGAAUGGCGCAGAAGAUUCAAUGGUUGUGCCAAGACUGACUUCAUUGAAACUGCUGACAAGAAAGAGAAAGCACCUUCAUCAUGAGGAUAAUGAUAACGUGCUGCUGAUUUAUCAUAAUCAACCUCGUGGUAUAAACAAGCAUCGUCAUCAACAUAGAAACCUAAGUACUGCUCGAUAUAAACGUACUAAAACUGUUCGCAUUCAUGGUCAAUCAUUGCCUAUCAAUAGGAUGUUAGAAGUUUUGGAUCACCAAUCUCUUCAGAAAAUGCUCAAAGAGUUGGUAACUGUACAUCCUGAGAUCCAAGAAACUGUGAGCAAAUUAUCUCCUUCGCCGGUGUUAGAGAACUCAGUUAAAUUACUUCAAGAAAAAUUUGAUGAUAUGUUGGCCCAUUUACCUUAUAAAUGUGAUACUGAAAGUGAUUAUUCAUAUUUAAGAGUUAAAUCGUUAUUGAUGGAGUUUUUCAAUUGUCUUAGUGAUUUGAUUUUAGCUUACUUACCUCCGGUAGAAACCAAUAUGGAGAAAUCUCUUAGAUUUUUACAUGAAGCAACUCAACUAGUACAUGCAUUACCCAACUUUACAAAUUCAGAGUUCCAAUACACCAAAAGUAUGGCUUAUGAGCAGGUUGCAAACACUUGGCUUGUGGUGCUUCAACAAGAUGAGCCCUUGACGGGAACUGAUUUGAUUAAUAAUACUACUGGUCCUUCUCAUGAUGGACUACCACCACCAUCAGACGCAGACCUUGCAUCCAAUGAAAAAGUUAUCGAAGUGGUUGAAAUGUUGGACUUGGUAUCCAAGUUAUCGCAUCAUGAUGAAAUUUCUCGAGGUAAAUUUAAACAUAUCACUGAGUUUAUUAAACAUAAACAAGAGAUCCAUGACCAAUUAUUGCAUCAUUUGAAUUCUGAGCCUUCGUCAUCAUCUUCCUUUCUGCAUUUACCUAAUAGGUUAUUAAACGAAUUUAUUACGGUAGAUUAUUCUAAUUAUUCCAUCUCAGCCAAAAGCUCUCAUUAG